AUGUUGAGGCCUGGCCUGGACACCAUGUUGGGGUCUGGCCCAGCCACCAUGUUGAGGCCUGGCCCUUCCAUCACGGCACUCUCGUCCUCUGCGGUGGCGCCGGCCGCCCUCAGCCGCCUGCAGAGCCUGGAAAAACACUUGAAAAAUGAAGACUCUGCAUUCAGUGGGGAAAUUGUGCGGCAUCUUGAAGAUACUAUUGCUGCUAUUAAGAAAUUGGAAGAAAUUCGAAGGCAUACCCUUGAAUGCCUAGAAGAGGAGACUAUAAAAACCAGCAAUCUUCGCUUCAGAGUGCAGAAUUUUCCAAGAGAGAUUAUUGCAGAGAUGACAGCUCUUGUUACUGCUGCACGUGAAUCUAGUGCUGCUAAGAUAAAUCAGCUGCAGUCUGCAUUGAAAAGGAUUGCUGAUGAAAUUGAAUUACUGGAUGAGAAGCAAACCCUUUGUGAAAGGCAGAAUGCUGCGCUGUGUGAGGAACAAGAAUACUUGCGGACACAGUAUAAAGAAAAAGUAGACUUGCUGAAUGAAAGGAUGGCAAUGAAAGUUAACACAAAUGUUCUCUUAAUUGAGACUUGUGAUAAAACAAGAGAUACAGAAAGAGAAAUAGUCAAGAAGAGAGAAAUGAAAAAAAUCCUUGAUACUCAGGAGACAAAAACUUCUAAGAAAAAGCAUGAAUUUGAAAACUUGAAUAUACAAUUUUUGGACCUACAGCAUUUGAUAAGUCUGAAUUCAACGGCUAUAUUUAAUGAGGAAAUUCUCAUAGCAAAACUGAAAGAAGAAGGCAAGCAACUGGAAAAAAACCUGGAAUUAAAAAAGACUGGCAUGCUGGCACUCUCAGAAAAGAAAAUUCAGCUUGAUUCUGAGUUAUUGCUUUUACAAUCAAAAAUUGCCCAAGAAAAGGAGGCUUUCGAUAAGGAACUUGAAAAGACUAAGGAAGACCUACACAAUGCUAAAUGCCAGAAUAAAAAACUUAAAUUAGAGAAUAAAGCUGUGCGCCAAAAGUAUGAACAAGUACUGGAAGAAGAACAACACUGGGCUGUAAAAAGGGAUGAGAUGGUGGCAAAGUUGGGGAAAUUAUCUGUUUUGUUGGAUGAAAAGCUUGAACUUCUGGCAAAUCAUAUGAUGGAAAAGAAAAAUCUAGAGAAGAAAAUUGAAAAUCUUGAAGACAGCCUACUAAAUAUCAAGAAGAGCUAUGCGGAAAAGCUGGCAUCUCUAAAGCACGACUUGAAGACAGAAAAUAAGACGAGACUAAUGCUUCAGUGGAAGCUACUGUACUUAACAAAGCAGAGAAAACUCUUUUUCUCAGAGGAGGAGAAUAUAAACAGAAAAGUUAAUGAAAGAAUAGAGGCUGGCAAAAAAAGGCAUGCUGAACUACUUCUGCAGAUUGAAGACCUUGAGAAAGAACUUUUUCAGUCUGACAACCAAGUCAAAUCCCUGAGUGAAGAAGCAAGUGAUAGGAUAGAGCGAAUGCUUAUCGGAUUUGCAGAUGACAAACACGACAAGAAAGAUGAAGAGGUACGAGUCAAAAGAGCCAUUCAGCAGUCAAUCAAAACUACUGGGAAGCUCAAGGAGGACACGGCACAGGAGCAAGUCAAAAAGAAGCUGGUGAACUAA